AUGACAGCAGCCAGCGCCCUCCCCGCCGGCUGGGAGUGGGAUUAUGACGGCACGCGCUGGUUCUACACCCUUAAAGCCAACGGCCACGUCCAGUACCACUUCCCUUCCGAGGGCGACGAGUUUCCCGACUUUGUUGGCGUCACAGAGCCCGCACCGGAGCUGGAGCCCGAGGAGCGCCUCGAGUCGCAUCAGCAAGUGCGGCGCGUCACCGGUGCGGCGCCCGUUGUGGACCGUAAGAAGAAGAAGAAGCAAAGGGGAAAUGGAAUGACGGCAACGGCGCGGCCGGUAGGCAUUGAGUGGGACGGGGAUAUAGGCGGUGGCGAUGGCAGCAGCGGCGAGGACGAUGACGGAGGUGGGCGCGUCGUGUUUGAGCCGGAGAACCUCAUGUUUCUCGGCCCGCAGGUGUAUGCCGAGGUGAGCCCGCUGGUUGAGGAGGAGGAGGAGGCGGCCAAGAGGACGGUUGUGGGCGUGGUGGCGAGCGCGGCGGACGGUGUCAGCCCGGCAGAGACGACGAACGCUGGGACCCCGGCAGCGGCCAAGCAGGUUGAACUGGCGACGGAAGAGGACCGGGAGAGCGAGCCAGUGGUGCAUGUGAUGGCCGCAGAGUUGGUAUCGGCGGAGCUGGUACCGGAGGCACGGCAGGAGACGACAAGAGCCGGGGAAGAACUAGCGGUAGGAGACGAGGUGAACCAGGUUACGGGACUUACCCAGUUGCCAGCACCACAACCAUCAGUCUCUGCAGCAGAACUUCCCUCCUCGCCAGAACAGCAUGAAUUUAUCGUUGUCGCCAAAGCUGACGCGCCACCAACACAAGCAAGCGCGCCUCAGGAGGAAGCAAGCGCGCCCCAGGAGGCAGCUGCACCAGGGAUGCCGCCCCCGCGGCCCCAGGAGCCAACACAUACCGCCAUAGCCCCCGAGACGGCCCGGUACGAGCUGGCCGCACCCGAACCGCCCUUUAACCCCGUCGGCAUCAUCGCCGAGAUGCCUACCGGAGACACGCCGCGGUCGCACAUUGAGCUCAACCCCAUCCCGGUCGAGAUCAUGGACACCUCAGUGCUGGCGCCCGUAGAGACGGCACCGCCUUUUGGCGUUGCUGAGCUGCCGGGCCAGAGCGCUGCCGCCGCGGUGGUUCGACAGACGCAGACAAGUGUGGCCGUCGCCGUCCCACCGGUGGUGAUGCGCAUGAAGAUUAAGCGCAAGCCGACGGACCCCAACGCCGUCAUUCCUUCGCCCCUGUCGGCGUCGUCUUCGGCGGUGCUCUCCCCAGCAGUCGUGUCGCCGCCAUCCCUGGGCGCGCCGUCACCUGCGCCGUCACCUGCGCCGUCACCUGCGCCAGCACCGGCACCGGCACCGGCACCGGCACCAACCCGUCCGCAAGUGGUGCCGUGUUAUAAGCCGUAUGCGCCUGUGUCGCCGCGGCCGCGCGUGGACAUGGAGCCGGCGGGGACCGUUUCGGCACAGCAACAGCAAAUGCAGAGCGUGACGGUGCCGCCGUCGCCCGUGGCAAAUCCGCAGUUGAAUUACGCGCCGACGGUGCUGCGCCCGGCGGGACGCAAGUCGACGAGUGUGUCGCCGGACCGUAAGUCGGGUGAGCACAGCCAGGUAUCGGCGGCCCCGAGCAGAGGUCUGGGGCAAGCUGGGACGCCGCCGGAGGGCCCUGCACGGCAGGAUGGUCCCGGUACGCCGCUGCCGCCGCUUGGGUCGAUACCUCAACAGCCUACGCUACCAACACAAGGACAAGCGCUAUCGCAAGGGGCGCUGCCUCAACAUGCUCAACACUCCCGGCCCGCCAAGAUAUCGUCGCAGGGACAUGUACCUUCUCAAAGUCACAUUUCUUCCCCAGGGCAGCUACAGCAGGGACAACUGCCGUCACCGGGACCCAUGGCCCAGCAAGGACAAAGUACAGGGAACGUAAUGCGUCAUCCCAUGCCAAAUGGUCGACCCAUGAGCAUGGUCGCCGGGCAGUAUUCUGUUGUGCCGAUACCACGUCCCUACAACGAACAGCAGCAACAAUUUGUUCACCAGUCCGGACCCCCGUGGCUCACCCACAGCCAGCAGAUUCCUGGUCGGGGUUCCACAAUACCGCCGCCGCUGCAGCAGCAACAGCCUGCACCAGGAUGGAUGAGACAGUCCAUGCCCCCAGGACAACCUUCUGCACAGCAGCUGCCCCCUGGGAGGCACUCCAUGAUGGCACACACUACUCCAGGCUCGGUUCCCCUAGGAGGCCAGUAUCAGUCAGCAUCCUCUGCCACGCCGCCGCCAAACAAGCAACCUGGGGACCCAGGCCGUCAGCGGUCCUCAACAACAGACUCGUCCAUGGUGUCUCCUCUCCGAUCCAGAGCAGAUAGCCAGCCGUCAGGGCUUUCCCUACCAUCACCAUCUCCUAUGGAAACACCACAAGCGGCCCCCGCCGUCCAGUACCCCGGGCCGCCUGUGCCACCAAAACGCCCCAUGCAGCCAGGCGCUAUCAGCGUCGGUACAGGCGCAAACGGCAGCGGUCCUGCUGCUCCCCAGAGGAAGCAGGCGGCGGGCUCAUCGUACUUUCCACCCAGAAAAGACGAACCGGUUGGUCUAGUGGAGGAAAUUAGCGACCAGCAUGCGGCAGGCAUGGAAACCGUUCAGGGACCGGCGUCGCCGCCUUUCGGCGCCGCUCCGACGGUGAAUGCGACAGCGGCCAGCCCAGAACCCCGGAUCUUGUUCGAAGAAACGUCGCCCAAACCGGGAUCUGCGCUCGGCCGUAUCGAAGAGCACGCAGCAUCCACGUCGGCGAGCGCGAAGCAGGAUGCUGAUUCCAGCUCCUUGGCUACAAAGUUAGCCCAUCCCUCACUGCAACCCAAGACGCAGCCACAACCGCCUAUGCCAUCACAGCAAGAAUCUCUCGAAAACACGCCACAGCUUCCUCAAAGGCCCCCGCAACCGACGAAUGGACAGCCCGAGCUACCUCCGCGAGGCGCGCAGGUAAGUGUUCCAUCAACAGGACAAGGAGCGCGGCCCAGUCCGAUGGGGUCUCAAGGACCGGUGCCGCCGCAUGGCUUUGCGCCGCAGCAGCAAUGGCAAAGCAACAUGCAGCAACCGAUGCCGCGGCCCCUGUCUGUGCAACCGCAAAUACAGAUGCAGCCGAUCAAGAGCAAGGAUAACAGGUGGACGAAAUGGUUCAAGAGCUCCAAGUCGGAGAAGAAACCUGACAUUCGUCAGGCCGGAAUGCCACAUCACCAGCCCCCUCAAGGUCGGGGGCAACCACAGCAGUGGCAGCCAGGACCCCCGAUGCAGGGCCAUCCCGUCCAACGCGGAUAUGGCCAGCCAAUUCAAGGACAGCAUUCGCAAGGCCAGUCCAUGCAAAUACCUUAUACGGGAGGCCCUAUACCGCCACACAAUUUUCCAAUGAACGCAUAUUCUCCUCAUCCGAUGUCUGCAGGGAAGUCUGGGGGUCCAAUACCCCAGAUGAUGCCUCACAAGGGUCCCCUCGGGUCAAAUCCGCCACAGCAAUACAUGACGCUCCAGCCGGGCCAACCCGUCCAGACGAGGCCGCCUUACGGCGCUCCGAUACCGCAGACGCAUCCAGGUGCACCAGCAUCGCUACCGCAAUCACACGUAGCACCAUCGCAGCGGUCCUACAGCCCAUCACAAACGAGCACUUCGUCCUUGGUACAAACGACACAUAUCCAAUCUCGGCCGCAAGGACACGUCAUGUCACCGGGUCAGACGAACGUCUUUCCGUCACCUCAGUCCACGCGGCCCAUGUCCGAAGUCCCAGCCGCGAUAUUGCCACAUAACAGACAGCCAAGCUAG